AUGUGUACAAGUACAAGGUAUCCCGAGGCAAUUCCACUGAGGAAUAUGACUACCUACCACCCAGAAAGUCAAGGUGCACUUGAGUACUUUCAUGGUACUUUAAAAUCUAUGCUGAUAAAAUUUUGUACAGAAUGUGAAUUGGAGUGGAAUCAAAGUCUUCCCUUUUUAUUGUAUGCUAUUAGAAAUUUAAAUUCAGAUAAUAGCUAUAAUAUAUCGGAGUUUGUAGAACAUAUGCAUGAGAGGGUUAUAAGACUAAGAGACUUUGCAAGAGAAAAUUUGGAAAAGGCUAAAAAAUACAUGAAAGAGACUUUUGAUAAGAAAAGUAAGGAACGACAACUUCAAGUUGGUGAUGAAGUUUUAGUUAUAGUUCCUGUGAAGAAAAGUCCACUUAGUGUAAAGUUUGAAGGCCCAGUUAAGAUCACUGCAAAGCUUAGUGAUUUGAAGAUCUGCAGACAAUAUUUAGAAGAUUUCACAGGUCUGUUUGGUGACAUCCCUUCAAGAACAGACCUGGUGACCCAUGAUGUGAAGCUUGUUCCUGGUACACAGCCAGUUCGUCAACCACCGUAUAGGAUGUCACAAGAUAAGUUGAACAUUUUAAAAAGUGAAAUUAAAUUUUUGUUUGAGAAUGACAUUAUUGAAAACUCUUUUAGCGAAUGGUCAAGUCCUGUAGUCUUGGUCCCUAUACCAGACUCUACAUGGAGAUAA